AUGGCUCGAUUUGCUAGUCUUUCCGAGGGAACGCUCGAUGCUGCCUUCGCUUUGAUUGAGGAAUACAAGUCAGACUCAUCACUUUUGAAAGUCGAUCUCAGUCCAGGGUUCUACCGUGAUGAAGAGGCAAGGCCCUGGGUCUUGCCAUCUGCCAAGAAAGCCUUGCUAAGCGACCCUACUGCGGAUCACGAACAUUUGCCGAUCCCCGGUCAUGCUGGGCUGCUCGAUAAUGCUCAAAGUUUAGUAUUCGACGCAACAUCUGAAGAUGUCAACACCAUAGCUUCCAUCCAGACUAUUGCAGGUACUGGGGCAAAUCACCUCGGCGCCUUGCUUUUGGCCAAGUCUGGCUGCCCUCGGACAGUUUGGAUCUCAGAUCCCUCGUGGAUCAAUCAUCACGAAAUCUGGCGGCUAGUAGACAGCGGCAUCAAGCGUCGGACAUACCCCUACAUCGACAAAAGAUCAUUCACUAUCGAUUUCCAGGGUAUUAUAUCUACUUUGAAUUUGGAGGCCACAGAGGGUGACGUUGUGGUCUUACAUGGCUGCGCACAUAAUCCUACUGGACUCGACUUCACCAAAGAUCAGUGGAAGGCCAUUGCCAAUGCUUGCGAACAGAAGAAGCUUGUUCCUUUCUUUGAUCUUGCCUACCAGGGCUUUGCGACUGGAGAUUUGGCUGAAGAUGCGUGGGCCGUACGGUACUUUUUUCGCAACACGUCACUGGAAAUUUUAGUCGCACAAUCAUUCUCCAAGAACUUUGGUCUGUAUGGCGAGCGUGUGGGUGUACUUCACGUUGUAUGCCGGACGGAGGUCGCUAGAUCGAAGGUCCACAACAUGCUUACACGUCUGUCUCGCGCUGAGAUAACGACUCCCCCUAUCAACGGCGCUAGGAUCGUGGCAAAAGUACUUGGAGGCAAAGACUUGAAGCAGCAGUGGCAAAAUGAUCUGCUCCACAUGAGUGACCGUAUGAGGUCAAUGAGAAAAAGUCUAGUGAACGAGCUUCGGAAGCGCCAAACUCCAGGUUCUUGGGAUCACAUAACAACGGAUAUUGGGAUGUUCUCGAUGACAUGCUUGCAGCCAGAACAGAUCCGGGCACUGAAAGAAAAGUAUCAUGUAUAUCUUCUCCCUUCUGGAAGAAUAUCUAUGACAGGCUUGACUGAGCAUAACGUGGAAUAUGUUGCGGAGGCUUUUCACAAAGUCAUUCUUGCCACCAACCCCGAGUAA